AUGCAAACGACAACGCCUCCACCGGCCGGUGCUUCUCGACGUGAGUUGAACUUGGUGAUUCUUGGCCAACCAAUGGGUCUUGAAUAACUUGAUUUGCCAAAUGUUCGUCGGCAGAAUACAAACUUGGUUCUAGGCAAGGUGAAAGGCCUGACUUUGUUUUGGAAUCCUGUUUGACGUUGCUUAGACUGGAUUCUAGGCGGAUUUUUGAAAUGAAAAUUGGACCAAAUCCUGUUGAAUUAUAACUGGAAUCUUGGCCAAGCCGUGUAGAGUUUGAGCUUGAAUCCUGGCCAAGUUUUACUGAUUCCAAGCUGAGAUUUGUGGGGACGGGCGAGAACUUUUGGGGGGUGAAAAAUGUUAGGCUGUGGAGAAGCCUGGUACAUCUGAAAAUUCGUGUCGGUAGACUUAACGAAAAGUUUAAAAAAAGUUAAAUAAUAACAUAGCACGACAAUCCCCCUUAGUUUAAGUCCAAACAACCUUAUUUUAAGCCUAAAACACCUUAUUUUAGGCCCGAAAAAGCGACGUCGCCGAAUCAAACGCAAAAUUACGCGGAAACCGGUUAGAAAACAGAUCAAAAAGAUGCCAAAAACCAAGAAGAAACCCAAGAAAAAGAAGAAGACGCUGCUACAGUCUAUUGGCAAGCUUACCGUGUCUAAAAUCGAGAAGAUCAAGCUCAAAAAACGUCAAAAAUCGAAAAAAAAACUCGGAAAAUUGAGUAAAAUCUUGUUGAGAGCUAAAAUACGCGAAAAAAUUUUAUUGAACAGGAGAAAUGACAACAAACUGACAGCACAAUACCGACAAAUUAUUCGUCAACGGAAAAUGGAAGCUAUUCGGUAAGAAUUUUAUAUAAAAUCCUCUGUUUUAUGGAAAGUCGGUCAGUAUGACGAGAUUAUUUGCAUUUUUGAGUUUCCUUGACAUUUCGUCGUUUUAUUGAUUCAAACUGAUGUUGUUGUUUGAGAAAGUGUACUUCUUUGGUGGUAAAAAGAGAAAUUGAUGUUAUAAACGUAUUUUAGACAGAACCUGCAAGCUUUGAUACCCAUAACAUGCGAUUUAAUUGAGAUAAAGAAGAAAAUUCUGGAGAAAACGCGAAAUGACAUAAACCUUGAAGUUCAAAGCACUGUAAACCUCAUUGACACGGUGAGAAAACAAUUAUUGACCAUUUACGUUAAAGUUUAGCUUGUUCUCUGUAAAAUGAACCUAAAAAUUUUAAUUUAAACCACCAAGAUCACACGAUAUCACUACAUUCUUCUAGGUAUACAACAAUGUGAACAAGAUCACGGUGAACUCGAAAAACCUCGAUUCCGACAUCACGAAGCCGUUGCAAGAUUCAGAAUCCGCUAAAGAAUGGAUUGGGAGAUUGUUUUUAUUAUUCAAAUCUUUUGAUUUCAAAGAGAUACCGGAUAUGACCAAAUUUCUGCCGGAAUUUGACGAUUCCAUGGAGAAUCGCAAGAAGGAUGAAGCGAAACUGGAAGAGAUUCGUACUGAAGAACAAAGACUUCUUGGUCAGAAAAAGUCGCUGCUUAUGGAAAUUGAGGAUGUGAGUUGGGUUUUGUUAAUAUUGAGAGGGAUAAAUGGCAGUUAUUUGAUAAAAAUUAUAUUGUAGUAGGUGUAACAUAGCUUAACUUUGUUUUUUUUUGUCCAAAUUUGGUAAUUUAAAAGCCAAAACAAAUAUUUUUUGGUUAAAAGUGUCUUAAGAUUAUUAAAAUGACAUUAAAUCUUCCUUUAACCUCUAGUUUAUUCUCUUUUAACUUUUAAAAACUUAAUUUCAAGGUUAAUAUAACAUUGGUUCGAGUUUAUAAGAUUUAUAAGUUUAAAAAAAUUAAUAAAUUAGAUAUUAAGAUAUAUACAUAUAUUCAUAAUGGUCAUAAAUUAACAAAAAAUUUUCCAGAACGAGAUACGGAUGAUAGCCAAGGAGCAGAUACUGAAAGAGCGGAUUUUGGACCAGAAGAAGCAAAUUUCCGGCUUAAGACGUCAAAUUCAUGACGUCCAACGGAAACUGGGAUAUUUCCCCUCAGGGUUUACCUCACUUCUGCCUACACCGUUGUUGACACCAGCUGGACGGAGGGCUUCCAGCGUGCGUAGGGCUUCUAGAGCUUCUGGGGUACGAAAGGAUUCUGGAGCUGUGAGGAAUACGUCUGCAGCUUCAAGGCGUGCUUCUGUCAGUCCAGCUAGGGCUGGAUCCAAGGCUUCUGAUUGGCGUGCUUCAAUUAGUACAGCUAGAGCUGGAUCGAAUGCUUCUAAUAGACGUGCUUCUGUCAGAAAGGAUUCUGGAGCUGUUAAUGUUAGAAAGUUAUCUGGAGCUUCUGGACGCGCUUCUGCUAGCCCAACUAGACCGGUAUCGAGAGGUUCGGUCAGUAAUGCUCAAGUUGGGUCUGGAGCUUCUAUUCGCAUUUCUAACAGUCCAAUAGGGACUCCAAACAGAGCUCCAGCUAGUCCAAUAAGAGCUAGCCCCAAAGCUUCAUCUAGGCCUAACAGUUUAGAAAGGCCCAAAGGUUCGGUCCAAUUCAACAAGCGUUCUUCAGCACAAUCUAGGGAAUCAAACGUUUCAGUUCAGUCAAAACAGUCUGCUCGAUCAAAAGGUUUAGUCAAUAAUGAAAGAGACGAAAAUGGAAAAGCUGCUGACUUAACCAAGAAUAUUGCAAAUACGUCUGUUAGAUUGCCAUCUAUUGAGAAAGACAAACCUGUAGAUUUACCAACGAUUGAUGCUCAAGUUCCUGCUAACUUGCCUAUGCUUGAAAAUCAAGAUUCUGACAAAUUACCUAAAGUUGAGAGUCAACCAGCUUCUAACGAUCUAUCUAAGCCUAACAACCAAUCAAGGCCCAAUUCAGGACAACUGAAAGAGUUAAGGCCUCCGUCAGGCAAACCGGUUGAUCCGCAGACACCGUCAAUGGCAGCGGCUUCAGAAAAAGUAGAGGAUUUUAGACCCCAAUCAAGAAAAUCUAAUGGUUCUCUGCCACUUUCUAGUAAAGAUAGACCGCCUUCUCAAAAAGAAAGUACAACAAUGCCUUCCACGUUUAGAGAAAGCCAAGCACGUCCAAAUUCAGGUAAAGAAGUUCAAAAUCCGUCAUCCAAACCGCCUUCUGGAAGAUCUAGCAGACGGAAUUCCGAAGUUUUAAAAGAUCAACAACAUACUUCUAAACCAAAUAAUCAAAAAUUGGAUGGAAUUGAUGCUACAAAUGCUGUAGAAACUGAUUCUAAUAAACCCGAAAAUGCUAAAGAUACGGCUAUUUCAGCAGCUAAUUUAACUGAAAAAGCAAUACCGAACGGUACGAUACCUAAAGAAAAUGAUAAAAGGGAGAAAAUAGGAACAUAUAACGCAAAUCCUACUGUUGAUAACACCAUAGAAACUUCAAUAUGA